GCAUAUAUACACACCUCCUCCUCUCGUCUCUCUCUCAUUCUUUGUGUGUUGUUUGGACAACACACACUGAGAGAAAGAGAGACACAAACAACGUUUGUUUUCAUGGAUUCCAUCAACAGAAACAACCAUCGAGAAUUGCAAGAGAGUAUCAUUUUGCUUCUCUCACGUUGGUAUGCUCUUCAAAUGGCCAUCAAGAACCAAUGGGGUGGUUGUGAUUCCCUCCACAAGUCACACCAACUUGCUUCAAAUUUAUUCUCAUGGCUUUCCAAAUCCAAUGAACCAAUUUGCGUUGAAGAUUUAGAAAAUAUACUCCAUGAAUUCAUGUUGCUUACAUUCAAUACAGAGGUAGAAGAUGGUAGCAUUGAACAGGUAGCGGAACAAUUGAUAGGUCUCCAUGAAGAUUGUUUGUUACGUCAAUCAUAUUAAUGGAUUUAUGAAGGAAGGAAGCUUCCCGGGUAAGACACAUUAGUCUGAGGUUCUCUUCCUCUCUUAUUUUAUAGCUUAGUUCAGUUAUAAAAUGAGUGGAAUACUCAUGUCUAUGAAUAUGUAACAGUAACACCCAUGUCAUUAUUUUGUCAUUAUUUUAAUAUGUGAAGGGUCGUAG